AUGCCUUUAUCCGUGCGGUCCCUAUUUAUAGUUUCUGUCUCUGCUGUCAUUGUUUUUAUCGUGUUCUAUGUGUUCAGCUUUGGGGGAGAUCAAAGCUACCAGAGGUUAAAUAUUUCUGAUGCUAGGAUUCUGACUCAAGUUUGCACAUCCUUUAUCAAUGGGAAAACUCCUUUCCUGUGGAGAAAUAAGCUCAUGAUCUAUGAGAAAUCUUCUUGCAAGGAAUACUCGACUCACAGCCACUAUAUCACAGCUCCUUUAUCUCAAGAAGAAGUUGAAUUUCCUUUGGCGUACAUCAUGGUCAUCCAUCAUAAUUUUGACACCUUUGCAAGACUCUUCAGAUCCAUCUACAUGCCCCAAAAUGUCUACUGCAUUCACGUGGAUGAAAAGGCCACGGUUGAAUUCAAAGAAGCCGUGGGACAGUUAGUCAGCUGCUUCCCAAAUGCGUUUCUGGCUUCCAAGAUGGAACCCGUGGUCUAUGGUGGGAUCUCCAGGCUCCAGGCUGACCUGAACUGCUUGAAGGAUCUGGUGGCCACUGAGGUCCCCUGGAAGUACCUCCUCAACACCUGUGGGCAAGAUUUCCCCCUGAAGACCAACAGGGAAAUCGUGCAGUAUCUGAAAGGACUUAAAGGGAAGAAUCUCACCCCAGGGGUGCUGCCCCCAGCCCACGCCGUCGGGAGGACUAAGUUUGUCCACCGAGAGCAUCUGGGUAAAGAGCUUUCCUAUGUGAUCCGAACGGCCACCUUGAAGCCGCCGCCUCCCCAUAACCUCACCAUUUACUUUGGCUCAGCUUAUGUUGCUCUAUCAAGAGAGUUUGCUAACUUUGUUCUCCAUGACUCACGGGCUGUUGAUUUGCUCCAGUGGUCCAAGGACACUUUCAGUCCGGAUGAACAUUUCUGGGUGACGCUCAAUAGGAUUCCAGGUAUGUGA